CCGGCGUCGAUUCCAGCCCGAAUGACGAGCCCCAGCAACGCGGCCGCCAAGAAGGUCCGCACCGAGUACAUGAAGAAGUUCCGCGAGCCGAAAUGGGAGACGUUCUCCAAGUGCUACCAGGACUCGGUGAAGUACAGGCUGAGCCGCCGGGUGAUGGAGCAGACGCACCGGCCGCUGUUCGCGGACAGCUGGGACAGCGGGUCGGACUCCAGCGGCAGGUCCAGCCCCGGGGUCAGAGGUGACAGAUCGACGGAGUCCUCAAACCCGCACCCGUGCUCCUCCGAGAGCGCAGAGACGCCCAAGGUGAACACGGAACAGGACACGGACACGCCGGGGCAGAACUCGCAUCCCGUAGAGAAUGGAUACCAGCACGUCGCAGCGAACGGGCCGUCUGAGCUCGGAGUGAGACAGAGACACCGGGCUCCUCGGUCUGAACCCGGUGUCCCCCGGCGUGAACUCGACACCGACGAGUCCACCGACUCCACGCUGAGAAAACCGAUCCGAGCCAAGAGCCAGCCGCCGGCCAGCGCCGCGGAGAGGACGUCCAACCGGGACAACAGACGCUCGAAUAUCCGCUACGACUGGACCGAGAGGAGCAUGGAGGCCAGGGAGAAGAGGAGGCUCAACAUGAAAGGCUCGGCGUCCGCCGGAGAGAUCCACCGGGCCGACGUCGGGGUCCAGACACGCCGCGAUUCUGAAAAACACCGGGCCUCGGAGCGUCGGAGAGCGAGGUCGGCCGAUCUGGAGAAGUUGCGACGGUCCGAGCUUUCCGCAGCGGGCGAUCGCUGGAUUACCGAGUACAUGCGCUGCUUCUCGGCCAGGCUGAGUUGUUGCACCGAGAAUGGCCUGGACCAUGCUGAGACCAAAAGACUUCCAUUAUGCUUAUAGCUUGAAACUCAGGACACAUAAUGGGAUAUUUUUUCAGUAUGGGUUCUUGUAUAAUCUUGCGUCUCGACAUCAACUCUCACUGCCCAAGUUCCGUUCCGACUCAGAAGAAUGUAAGAAAAGAACGGUUCAAAUAUCCGGAAGAAUUCCCGAUCCAAACCCUCGACCCAACCGUGACAUCGAUGAGAAUGAAACGAAAGACCUAGGAUGCUUCGUAACAACAUCGCGGGUGGACAAAUUGAUUCCUAAGUGUAAGUUUUCCGUUCGUUUAUUUUAACGGAUCAGUGUAAAAAAAAAAAAAAAAAAAUUCCGGUUCAGACAGUUAGAUGAGAAAUGGAUACUACAGUCAUGGAAUUUUAGCUCGUUGGCUACAAGAACCGGUUAGCUAAACUAGCUAGCUUGCAAUAACCUCGUAAGGUAACGCAGCUUCCUUCCUGUGGCGUGUCGGCUACGCAGCACGUCUCAAUCUCUCCGUUCACAUGUCUUUGACUCGACAAGGACAUCGUUCCAGGAAGUCCAUUCUUCGCUGAUAUUCUUGCGCUCACGCGGUGAUUCGUUUCAACAUGGCGCGUGGUGACUCUGGUUAGUAUAAAAUCACGGGUCGCAGGCUCAGAUCUCAAACCGGCAUCAGGGAACGUUUUAAAGCUUUCUGUUUGCGCAAAAAACGUAAACCUCCAGGUCUUUAUUUCCAUUCCAUUUGAAAAUCAUGCUAAUGGAAGGUAAAGAACAAUCAAAAAGGCAUGUUUAAUGAACAUCUGAUCAUUUUAAUAGAAUAUGUGACUAACUAUCAGUCUGUACA